AUGUCUGCACAAAGAAGAUUAACCAAGGAAUACAUCCAAUACAAGAAGACCUCUCCUACAUCAAACAACCCACAAAUUCUACUGCUUGCCCCUUUACAAGAUGACGACUUGUAUCACUGGCGAGCCGUGAUUGCCAAACCAUCCAAACAAGACUCGCAAUGGUAUUACAAUGGUGAAUGGACCUUGGACAUCACCGUACCUCCAACCUAUCCCCAACAACCACCAACUAUAAAAUACAUCACCCCCAUCAUUCAUCCAAACGUUGACUUGAAACUGGGCGAAAUCUGUCUAGAUAUAUUGAAGUCACAAUGGAGCCCCGCCUGGAAUUUGGAAAGCUUGGUAGUGGCAAUCUUGCAGUUGAUGGACCACCCAGAACCAGACUCACCAUUGAACAUUGACGCAGCAAACUUGUACAGAGCCGAUAAGUUGGGCUUUGAAAGCUUGGUACAAUUCCACAUUUGGCAAACUUGCAACUUCUACAAAGGCGACACUGAAAGAUUUACAACAACGAAAAGAGGCUUGACAAAGUGCGAUAAACGAGGGUUCAUGGUAACAAGAGACGUCUCUGGUGUGAGACUCGUUGACCUGACCGAAGCAUAA